UAUAAGGGGAGGAGAGCAUUACGCUGACAGGCUUUUCAUUUUAGUGUUCGUAUUUGACGUGCGCUGUGGGAUUUUGAGGACGGAUAUAAAAAGUGGGUCUUCUUCUCCAUUUCUUCUAGUGUGUGUACCAAGUAUUUGUGCUCAUGUUGAUGGGUUGGUGUUUUUGGAGGACAUGAAAAAGGUCAAGGUUAGGCCUGUGAGAGAGCUGUAUGGUGGUCCUGAGGAGGAGCCGAUAAAGCAUUUGCAGCAGGGUUCAUCCUGCACUGAAGAACAAUUUGAUAGGCAUUUCUCGAGCUGUGAAUUUCAAAUGGGAGAAGAGUCCAGGACAUGCAACUUUUCCAGCAGUACAUUUCAAAAGCCAGAAGAAUGCAGUACGUGCAACGUGUCUGCCACCCCAUGCUCAUCAUCUAUGCAUCUCGAACGAAUGGCAUCAGUAAUGGGCACCAAGGUUGAUGAGUUUUCAGAUGAAGCCUGUAAGAGGAGAGCAGCUUGUGGCAACUCUUCUAGUGAUGUUGACCUGUUAUCUCCUUCGCCGAGUAGUGGAUGCAAUGGUAGACAGCACACCAGCAGUGAAAUAAGCAAUGUUUUUAGUGCAUGUUGUAGUCAUGAUUCAUUCUCUGAAAAUGUAGAAAGUAAAGCUACUUUGAAGUCCACUGAUGUUUCAGAAAACAUUGAGAUGCAUGUGAAGGUAAACACUGGCCCUACUGCUGAAGGAAAACAUGCUUUUCCAAAAGUGCAAAUAAUUUAUCCUCAAAUCUACUCAAAUCAGCUUCAGAAGCAGAAAGAAAUGGAUUGCCUCGGCGAUAAUGUCUUGUGCAUCAGUCGAUCAGACUACGCAAAAAUGAUUGUGGGAGAUCAUCAGGGUGAUGCUAACAUGAAGGAUUUAUUGUGUGCUUCAGCUUCAGUUGAUAGCGUUCCUGCUGUUGAAAAGGCUAUUAAUGAUCAACCUGCCUGCCAUUAUCUGGACCGUAGUAGUCAUUUUGACAAAGUGGACAAUCAUAAUCCUUGGAGGCCAAACUUUGGCAAAGACUCUGCGCAGGCUGUAGCAGAUAUUUCAAGCAAAUCAGAUCAAUCAGAAAUUUCUUCCUUAAGAGAUUUCUGUGCUGGCGCUAGCUUGCUGAAGGGAGAGCCUUCUGACUGCUCUGAGGAGCAGGUGGAAUCAUCAUUAAAAAGAGUCAGAACCUUCAGGGUUAGUAGACAGAUGCAAGAUGUGCAUAACCAUGCUGCAUCAAUGAUAGAUGAUGCUGGCAUGAAUAAUGGAAAUCUGGCGGUUGAAGCUGUAUUAUGUUCAGAUCAAAAGGACCACAUUGGGAAUUCUAGUGCAGUGGUUGUAGAACUCAAUAUGCAGGAGUCUCCUUUGCAAUCCCAGAUUGUUGACUGCAAUGAUAAAUCAAUUACAUUGGAGGAUGAAGUAAGUGUUUGUGAUAUCUGUGGUGAUGUAGGCUGGGAAGAGUCGCUUGCUAUUUGUAGCAAAUGCUACGAUGGCGCUGAACACAUCUAUUGCAUGCGUGUUAAGCUGGACAAAGUUCCUGAAGGCGAUUGGGUGUGUGAAGAAUGCAUGCUUGGGGAGCAGAUGGACAUACGAAAUGAAGAUGAAGUGCCAAAAACUGCUAGAACCUCAAAAGCAUCGUUCAUGAAUAGAAUUGUUAAAAUAUCUACAAUCGCUAGCCCUUUCAGAUUUAAGAGUGGUUUAAAAUUGAACAGAAAGGGUUCAGAUGUUGAGGAAGUCCAAACAAAGAAAGGAGAUUCUUCUUCUCUUUUAUCAGCUAAGAAACAUGCACGAAACUCGGAAGCUGGUCUGGUGACAAAAAGGACUCUUGAAACAAGUGAUAAAUCAUCUAGGGCAUCAAGAACCUUCAGUAGAUCUCUACUUCAUGGGAAGUCUUCAUUUAAGAAUUCAGCAAUGACAGGUGAUAAAUCACCCCAAUUGCAAUCACAAACUCAGUUGCAGCGGGGUUCUCUUUUUAAGUCGAAAUCAUUUAACAUUACGGACUCGAAAGUGAAAGGCCAACUUGCAAAAGGUGUCAAUGUCCAAAAGAAAAUUUUUGCCAGCAUUACUACUGUUGAGGACAGGAGAAAGGAAGGACGUUCCAGAAUACUGUGUAAAUCCUUGUCAUUUGAUAAUGCUAGGUUACACCUUUCAAAUGCUGCCGAUGUAAAGGUUACAAUGCUGUCUCCUAAUUGUUCUCAUCUUGAGGAGUUUAGGAAUUUAGGCCAUACAAAAGAAUGCAAGUCAACUCAAGGGAAGUAUGCGUCUGAAUUACACUCUACAGUAAAUUCACCAGUUGCUAAUUCUGGUAUCUCAUCAUUGAGUGUAAAAGAAAAUGCAUCUCAUGGCGAAACAUUCUCAUCAGUAUCCAACUACCAUGACCUUGAGGCCGUCCAGGGUCAUGAGCUAUCGAAUAAUUCAUUGAACCCAUUUAGUCAUCUGGUGCAGCAAGGCUUAAAAUAUCCAGAUGGGUUUGAUGAUGUGAGCCGGCAUGUUGAACACUCCACAGAAGCAGCUUCUGUUGCAAAAGCAAACCAUUCAAAUACCAUGUUUCCGUCCAAUGAAAUGCCGUACUUGAGAAACUUUCCAUGGUUUACGGCAGCCAUUCCGUCUCUAAUUUCUGCUGUUCCACAGCUUCAUUGCAUAUGGCAAGGCGAAUUUGAAAUGCAGAGAAGUGUAAAACUUCCAAGUUCUUGUAACGGGAUACAAGCGCACCUAUCAACUUGUGCUUCACCUAAAGUUCUUGAAGUAGUUCUCAAGCUUCCUCAAAAAAUUAUAUUUGAGGAAGUACCCCGCCUGAGCAUUUGGCCAACUCAGUUCUCUGAAAAUCAUGCUACAGAAGAUAAUAUUGCACUCUACCUUUUUGCCAAAGACCUUGGAAGCUACGGAAGAAACUACAAGAGCCUGCUGGAAUGCAUGAUUAAGAAUGACUUAGCACUCAAGGGAAAUUUGGAUGGAGUUGAACUGUUAAUUUUCACAUCUAACUUUCUGCCUGAAAAAUCUCAGCGUUGGAAUAAAUUAUUGUUUUUUUGGGGUGUAUUUCGAGGAAGAAGGGUUAGCUGCUCACAAGACAUGCAGAGUUCCAAGAAGAGAGAAGAAAGAGAUGCUAAAAGGCAGGAAACAGAUCUCAAACCUUGUUUUCAAGAAAGUGGAGAAUAUAUUGUAGACCAAGAACGUGAAUGUAAGAGGAUGAAGAGUUGUUUCAGUGUGGCGAAUGGAUGUGAUGGUUCUACAGGCACAAAGUAUUUUGGUGAUAGACUUCCAUCUGGUAUAAAUGGCUUUGCUCCUUCCUUUUCCUUGGGGAAUCUCAGAUGGGGUGGAGUCUAUGAUUUGGCUGCAUCUUCACCAGAGAGGCAAGUACUUCCGACAGAUGAAAGGGAUCGAUCGGAACACGGGGUUCUAAAUCUUGAGCUUUGCUUGGGAGUCGAAAACAAAUCGAACAAGCAGGGAGUCAUGCCUUCCUUUCUUGGUAUCAUGGACAACAAAACUGACCAAGACAAGCAUUUUGAGCCACUGGUUAACAAAAGCAAUAAAGAUAAUGGUGAAGUCUCUUUAUCACUAUCUCUUUCCCUUGCAUUACCUUUCUCCAACAAUUAGCAAGUGUGAAAGCUUGCAAGAACAAAGCAGUUGUUGCAUGAGAGGCAUGCUGUGAAAAAACCUCGCUGUCACUUUCUGGAGGCUUUGCAAGCUCUUAGAUAUAGAAAGAUAUACUGUGAAUAGGAUGAACAAAAAAAAAAAAAAAAAAAAAAAAAAAAAAAACUUUUAAUGUAUACCAGUAGCAUGAUGACGACCCUAAUCUUAUUUAAUAGAAGCCAAUUUUCCAUCUGGUUUAGAAUUUAUGUAAGAUUUCUAAGUUUUUGUUGUUUUGGUUU